AUGACUGUCAACAUACCUGGAAUCGUGGCUGUGGCUGUUUUCUAUGUGGCAAUCCUGGUGAUUGGUGUUAUCGCUGGCAGGAAGACCUCCAAAAGCACGUCCAACGAUGCUGUGUUGCUGGCUGACCGCAGUUUUGGCAUUUUUGUUUCCUGCUUCACCAUAACGGCUACAAUGGUUGGAGGAGGAUACAUCAAUGGUUCAGCGGAGUCGGCGGCGUGGAAUGGACUUGUACAGACGCAGGCUCCAGUUGGAUAUUGCCUUGCUUUGUUGCUUGGUGCCAUAUUCUAUGCUCCAAAGAUGAGGGAGGAGAAAUACAUAACCAUGUUCGACCCCUUUCAGCUAAAGUACGGCAAGAAGGUUGGAGCUAUUUUAUUUAUACCUCAUAUUCUGGGUGACCUGUUCUGGUCAGCAGCUGUGCUAGCGGCUUUAGGUGCCACAAUCUCUAUCAUCCUGGACAUGAACGCUACUGUGGCUAUCGUGGUGUCUGCAGCUGUUGCCAUUAUAUACACAGUCUUUGGAGGCCUCUACUCUGUGGCCUACACGGACGUCAUACAACUCUUUUUCAUUGCUAUUGGACUGGUCGUAGCCUGCCCGUUCAGCCUGAUGCAUCCAUCAGUAGAUCUGUCUCGGAUCUCGGACACCUGGCGAGGCGACAUCCCGACCAACACCAUCGGCUCCUAUGUGGACGUGUUCCUUCUAUGCACAAUGGGAGGUAUUCCGUGGCAGAGUUUCUAUCAAAGAACUUUAGCAUGUAAAACGGUACAAGUUGCCAGAGUAUCUACACUGAUCGCCAGUGUCUUCAGCUUUUCUUUGGCAGUCCCACCCAUCAUCAUGGGCUUCGCUGGAGCAGCAGCUGAUUGGAAUGCUACCGACUACCAAGGACCACUACCCAUACCCGAAGACAUGAAAAGUUACAUCCUGCCCUUGACUCUGACCUACUUAACUCCCCUGCCAGUCAGUAUCAUAGGGAUCGGGGCUAUUUCUGCUGCGGUGAUGUCGUCUGCUGAUUCCUGUAUCUUGGCAACCAGUUCUGUUUUCUCUAAAAACAUUUACGCCGAAAUUAUCAGACCACAGGCAACAGAAAAAGAACUCAUUUGGGUCCUACGAAUCUCCAUCGUAGUUGUUGGCGCUCUCGGAACACUCAUCGCCGUGUUCUCAAAGACUAUAUACGGACUAUAUGUUUUGUGUUCUGACAUGAUGUACGUAGUUCUCUUCCCCCAACUAACCAUCGUUCUCUAUAUGCCAAGUUCAAACGCCUAUGGCUGCAUGGCAGGCUUCUUUGUCUCCCUCAUUUUAAGGCUCGCUAGUGGAGAACCUGUUUUGGGCAUUCCUCCUGGUAUUAAGUUCCCAUACUUUGACGAAGAAGCUCAAAAGCAAUUGUUUCCAUUCAGAACAUUUGCUAUGCUGGUAGGAACUAUAUCCAUCAUCGCAGUUUCCUAUACAACAGACGCCAUAUUCUCCAGAGGAAUUUUGCCCCGGAAGUACGACUUUCUCAAGUCAUACAGACAUAGAACAAUUAAAAGACGUUACAGCAAAUGUGACUUUCUAGAAAAUUCCAACAAGGAGCAGAUAAUAACGUUAAACAGUAUAAAAAAUAAUGUUGAUCCUGAGACUUAG